AUGGCAUCAGAAGGACCAUCAAAGGAUCCACAUGACAAGGGCUGCGUACUCUUCACCAUCCCAGUCGAGCUCCAACUCUCCAUCUGCGAGCUUGUCGUGAUCGAGCAUCAGCCAAUGCUCUUGAACUGUCCAUGCAACAGCUCGUAUCGUGGCCGACAACAUGAGCUUGAAGAAAUCGAAGAGGCCUGGGAAGGCGGCACCAUGCGUCCACCGGCGCAGCCUGCCAUCACGCAGACUUGUCGCGCCCUGCGAGAGCUGGCCCUCCCAAUCUUUUACAAAGAGAAUGUUUUCCGCUCCUGCUACUGUCGUCGAAACCGAAACAUCGACGCACCGAUCAAAUGGCUGCGAAUGAUCGGUCCAGAAAAUCGGAAGCUGCUACGCCAUCUAUAUUUCUACGACCGCAAUCAGGGCUACGAUAGAUACACGCCAAAAGACCUGGCUAAGCUACGCGAGAGCGAGAUCUUUUCAGAGAUGGGUGGGAAACUCGAGACCUUGUCUUCGAAGUACUGCUCUGCCCAUCUGGUCACGUUCGGAGAGUGGACCAGGAAGGAAGGAGAAGUGCCGCUGGCGAACGAGGAGGGAGUGCCCAGACUGCGGGCGCCCGGCGAGAUGUGA